CAACCCGGCGGACAAAUGGAGGACCCAUUGCUUAACGGAGAAGGCAGUAGUCUCCGACGCGGCGGCGAUUUGCCCAAGGCCAAGGGCUUCAAACGCCGCUCCGAUGCCAUCACCUUCGGCUCUUCUUAUCAGAAAGCAGCCGCUCUCGUCGACUUGGCGGAAGACGGCAUUGGCUUACCUGAGCAGAUACUUGAUCUCUCAUCUUUUCAUAGCUCUGCAAAAUACUACUUCCUUUUUAUGCGAUUCAGCUUCCUUUGGGCCCUACUCUACUUCGCCCUCUUGAUUCUCAAUUUCCUUGAGAAACCUCUGUGGUGUGCCAGGAAUACUGAUUAUACUUGCAGUGACAGGGAUUACUACUAUCUCGGCCAAUUGCCCUACUUGACUCCUACAGAGUCCCUUAUUUAUGAGGGCAUAACACUGAUUGUGCUUAUGGUGCAUAUUUUCUUUCCAAUGUCAUAUGUGGGGUUCCGUCUCUAUUGGAAUAGUCCUCUUACUCAAUUCAAGGUCGCAUGCCUGUUGAUUUUGGUUGCUGAUUUGCUGGCUUAUGUUCUCUAUUUGUCUCCAGUUGCCUUUGAUUCUCUCCCUUUACGGGUUGCUCCAUAUAUCAGAGUCAUCUUUUUCAUAUUGAACUUUAGGGAAUUACGAUCGUGCAUGCUCAUCUUGGCUGGAAUGUUUGGCACAUACUUGAACGUCUUGGGUUUAGGGCUUUUAUUUCUUCUGUUUUCCAGUUGGCUAGCUUAUGUCAUGUUUGAAGAUACUGACCAGGGGACAAUAGUAUUUACUUCAUAUGGUACCACAUUGUAUCAGAUGUUUGUUUUAUUCACCACAUCCAACAAUCCGGAUGUCUGGAUACCUGCUUACAAGGCUUCACGUUGGUAUUGCUUGUUUUUUGUUCUGUACGUGUUGCUAGGAGUCUAUUUUGUCACAAAUUUGGUCCUUGCCGUUGUGUAUGACAGCUUCAAAAGUCAGCUUGUAAAGCAAGUUUCUGAGAUGGACCAGACGAGGAAAACUAUACUGAAGAAAGCCUUUCAUUUAAUAGAAGAAGAUAAUGCUGGAUAUAUCAAUAAGGACCAGUGCAUACGUUUGUUUGAGGAACUAAACAAAUACAGGACUUUGCCAAAAAUGACAAGAGAAGAAUUUGACUUGAUAUUUGAUGAGCUGGAUGACAGUGGAGACAUCAAGAUCAACUUAGACGAGUUCACUGACCUCUGUAACGCCAUUGCCUUAAGAUUCCAGAGGGAGGAUACCCCAUCUUGGUUUGAAAAGUUCCCUUCGUGUUACCAUUCUCCCUUCUCAGAGAAGUUGAAGGCCUUUAUUCGGAGCCCCAAAUUUGGAUACAUAAUAUCCUUCAUACUCAUAAUCAAUCUAUCUGCUGUUAUCAUUGAAACUACGCUUGACAUAGAAAACAAUUCUGCUCAGAAGGUAUGGCAAUCGAUGGAGUUUGUCCUUGGGUGGGUAUAUGUACUGGAAAUGGCUCUGAAAGUCUAUUCAUUUGGAUUUGAGAACUAUUGGAGGGAUGGCCAAAAUCGGUUUGAUUUUCUGGUCACUUUGAUAAUAGCUAUUGGAGAAACGCUAACUUUCGCUGCUCCAGAAGGACUAACUUUCCUUUCAAAUGGAGAAUGGAUCCGCUACCUUCUCAUUGCAAGGAUGUUACGAUUGAUUAGGCUCCUGAUGCAUGUCCAGCGUUGCCGAGCCUUUAUCGCCACAUUCUUAACUCUUAUUCCAAGUUUGAUGCCAUACCUUGGGACCAUAUUUUGUGUCAUGUGCAUCUAUUGUACGCUUGGUGUACAGAUCUUUGGCGGGAUUGUUAAUGCUGGAAGUGCCAAUUUGGAAGAAACAGAUCUUUAUGACAACGACUAUCUACUUUUCAACUUCAAUGACUAUCCAAAUGGGAUGGUGACACUUUUCAAUUUACUAGUCACGGGAAACUGGCAAGAUUGGAUGCAGAGUUACACGGUUUUAACGGGAACUUCUUGGAGCCUUCUAUAUUUUGUCAGUUUCUAUCUUAUAACCGUCUUACUUCUACUGAAUUUGGUUGUGGCUUUUGUCCUGGAGGCGUUCUUUGCUGAAAUGGAUCUCGAGUCUGCAGAAAUUUGUCAAAAACAUGAGGAGGAGGUGGAAGGAGUAAAAGACCGACCUCGAUCCGUAGGCUCAAAAUCACGGAGCCAGAGAGUUGAUGCUCUUCUUCAUCAUAUGUUGAGUGCAGAGCUAAAUGAAACGCAGUCCCCCAGUGCAUAGCUUAUGUUAUUUUCCGUUAUGGUUACGUUAGUGAUUUGGUAGAACCAGAAAGAAGAGUGAAGGAAAUAUAGAGAGCGAGGAUUCGUCGAAUUGUCGUCUGCAAAUUAAAAGUACAGGAUAAUUUUGUUUUUUUUUUUUUUUUUUUUUUUUUUUUUUUGGGGUCACAAGAUAGUAGAUGAUACGGUGGUAAGGAGUGUAGGUUUCAUGUGGUGUGAUGUGGCGCUAAGGUUCAGUUCAUUCCUUUAGUGAUUUUAAAGUACAAUUUGUUAUUUUAUUUCGUUAUCGACUAGUCAUUUAUGAGUCG